UUCCUUCAAGGUCUCUUCUAUAACUUCAUGACUGAGCAACAUUCAAAUCCAACGUCUCGUGAUGGCAGUUUAGUCUUCCGACGGAUUUUUUCCCCGCCCAUUCUACUCGUGCACCCCAAAGGCUCCCUCAAAAGAUAUAUACAUAGAUGCGGGCCUUCUCUCCGUGGUCUAGCCACGAUUCUCAAACGCUCUAGCAGCGUCUCAACUUACUCCUGCCCACCGAUUCUUUCCACUUGUGACCUUCAAAGAAACAUCGAAGGGUGCCACUGCGACAUCCGAAACAUGGAUGGCCCAGAAUACAAUCACCACCACAAGAUCACAUACGUUCUUGAUGUGGCGAUCUCAUUCGCCCUGGGGUUCCGGCGCAGAUGCUUAUCAUCCGUAUUCUCACAUUAACAUAGAGGACGCCUCUAUCACUAUUCCCCUAAUACUGAACUACUCAAUGCAGCAAGGAUUUUAUCUGCUCCCUUCGAAUGCUCAUGAUGGGGGAAUGUGCGAGGAAAGAUGAUGGACAUUCAUGUCACGUAAUUUCAGUCCAUUUUAUUUGCCUAAACGCCGCGUGUCUUGAAACCCGUGAACUAGCUCCAAGUGGUCCCAAAAUGUUGAAAUUCAAACAUAGCAUAUGUACAUUUGUGAC